AUUUUCUCUUAAAAUUUGAUUUUCAUACAGUUUAAAAUUUAACAAUGAGUGAAAAGAAAAAUCAAGUUAUGCUAAGUAAAAUAAGUGCUAAACUUAAUAAAGAAAUAUUAGAAAGUAUACUUGUUGCGGAACAUAAUGCAAAAGAUGUUAAAGUAAUCGAUUGGAAUAUUAGUGAUGGAAGUGCUAAAGGUGAUGGCUAUUUAGGGAUAGUUAACAAAGUCAAGGUUAAUGGCAUUGCUGAUGGCAAACCUGUACAAACUGAUAUUGUGAUAAAAUCAUUGCCUCCAAAUUUAAUAAGAAGAAAAAUGUAUCGAUGUACGGAAUUCUUUCAUAAUGAAAUAACAUUUUAUACCAAGAUUAUACCGAAAUUUGAAGAAUUUCUCAAAAGCAAAAAUCAAGCUCACAUUUUAAAUAUUCCACGUCUUUUAAAAUCAUUGGCUGAUGGUGAAAAUGAUUAUUUGAUAUUAGAAAAUGUUUGUAGUUUAGGAUACGGUCCUAUAACUCGUCAAGAUUGUGUAGAUAUGGAACAAUGUACUAUCAUAUUAGAAGCAUUUGCUAUUUUCCAUGGUAUUUCGUUUGCAUACAAAGAUCAAAAUAAAGAACAAUUUAACGAGUGUGUAUCUCAUUUAGAAGAAACAUAUUUUAGACCUAAACAUUGGAAUUGGUAUAAAGAUUUUCACAAACGAUUGGUUGAUAUAGCAACACAUGCAUUAGUUACUGAAUAUCCAAACAGUGAUGCAUUAAAACGUUUUAAUUCUUACAAAUUUGGUUCACUCCUUGAAAUGUCUUAUAAAAUAUGUGAUCGUAUGAAUGCACCAACAUCAGUUGUAAAUCAAGGAGAUCCAUGGACUACAAAUAUUUUCGUACGUAACAUCGAAGGAAAUAAAAAACAAGCUUUGUUACUUGAUUUUCAAUUGGCACGUUGCGUUAGUCCAAUUCUUGACCUAUCACACUUUAUUUAUGCUUGUACAAACAAAACUCUUAGAGAACGAUUUGACGAUAUGUUGAAAAUUUAUUAUAAUAAAUUAAGUUAUAUAAUUAAUUUACUUGGAUCAGAUUCUAACAAAUUGUAUCCAUGGGAAAUGUUUAUGAAAGAGGUAAAAGAACAUUUUUUCUUCGGAAUUGUUUGUUCAUUAGAAGCAUUACCACUUGCUAUGUUACCAGAAUCGCAAGUACCUGACUUGGAAACAUUAACAGAUGAGAACGUAGAAUUAAAUUUAGAUCAUAUCGAGUAUUUAGAUACACAGAGUAAAAGAUUACGUUUAGCAGAUGUAAUUGUUCAUGCUGUAGAAAAUGGAUUUUUAUGAAA